GCUCGGGGGGUCGCGGGGGGCUUUGCAUUGAUGCAUUGAUCGCCCAUGGUCUGCGCCUGACCUCCCUGCUCCCAGGGAAGCAGUCUCCAUGGCUACUGGCCCUGCUCCUCCAGAGCAGACUGUAAAUUCCUGCAGGCAGAGCCCAGCCUGGGGGUGCGAGGGGGGGAGCCGGGAAGGAGCAGCCAAAGCCAAAUAGAAAGAAAGAAAGGCAGGGAGAAAAAGGGCGUUGCUUGGAUGGGGCUCUCCUUUCCACUCCCCUUUCUCAGGUCCCCAGCACCAGUGCAAGGCGCCUGCUGCUUCCCCCCCUUCAUCGCUGCUGCUGCUGCUGCUGCUGCUGCUGCUGCUGCUGCUGCUCUCUUGCAAAACUGGAACUGGCUGGGAUUAUUUAGGGAAGGAAAAAAAGGGAAGAAGAAGAAGAAGAAGAAAAAGAAGGAGAAGGGAUCAGAGCAGCCGCCAGAGAGAGGGCGAUAGAGUCCACUUUCCUCCAACUGCCCUGGGUCUCCUUCCCUCGCUCCCUCCUCUUUAGCAACACCAAGAGCCCCAAAACUGAACCCAGAGCAGCUUUUCCCAUCAGUUCAGUCCCCUUCCCUCCCUCUGUCCCACACACGGCAAGAAGAGAGCCCCUUCCUUCUCUUGAUCCCCCUCUGCAUGCUCAGCCUCUUGUUUCCUUUAAAGCACGAGAAAUCCCCCUCCUUGCCCCCACUCCUGCAGGCAGACGGGGAUUGCGAUGGGAGCGUUGCAGAUUGCUGGAUUUUGCACGCUUUUCUUUCUCCUCCACUCUGGAAACACGCUGGCAAAUAAAGCCGGGCAAGAUGUGGACGAGUGCGUGGAGGGCACCGACAGCUGCCACAUCGACGCCAUCUGCCAGAACACCCCGAAAUCCUACAAGUGCAUCUGCAAGUCCGGCUACACCGGCGAUGGGAAGCACUGCAAAGACGUCGAUGAGUGCGAGCGGGAGGACAACGCGGGCUGCGUCCACGAGUGCGUCAACAUCCCCGGGAACUACCGCUGCACUUGCUACGACGGCUUCCGCCUGGCGCACGACGGCCACAACUGCCUAGACCUGGACGAGUGCUCCGAGGGCAACGGCGGCUGCCAGCAGACCUGCGUCAACAUGAUGGGCAGCUACGAGUGCUUCUGCCGGGAGGGCUUCUUCCUCAGCGACAACCAGCACACCUGCAUCCAGCGCCCCGAAGAAGGAAUGAACUGCAUGAACAAGAACCACGGCUGCGCCCACAUCUGCCGGGAGACCCCCAAGGGGGGCAUCGCCUGCGAGUGCCGCCCGGGCUUUGAGCUCACCAAGAACCAGCGCGACUGCAAACUGACCUGCAACUACGGGAACGGCGGCUGCCAGCACACCUGCGACGACACCGACCAGGGCCCCAAGUGCGGCUGCCACGUCAAGUUCCUGCUGCACUCCGACGGCGUGACCUGCAUCGGGGAGAGACACUUCCAGCAACACGUUAUCCUUGAGACGUUUUCUAAUGAAACAUGCGCCGUGAACAACGGAGGCUGCGACAGCAAGUGUCACGACGCGGCCACGGGCGUGCACUGCAGCUGCCCCAUGGGCUUCAUGCUCCAGCCCGACAGGAAGACGUGCAAAGACAUCGACGAGUGCCGGCUCAACAACGGGGGCUGCGACCACAUCUGCAGGAACACGGUGGGCAGCUUCGAGUGCAGCUGCAAGAAGGGCUACAAGCUGCUCAUCAACGAGAGGAACUGCCAAGACAUCGACGAGUGCUCGUUUGACCGCACCUGCGACCACCUCUGCAUCAACACCCCCGGGAGCUUCCAGUGCCUCUGCAACAAGGGCUACACGCUGUACGGGCUCACCCACUGCGGAGAUGUGGACGAAUGCAGCAUCAACCGCGGGGGCUGCAAAUUCGGCUGCAUCAACACGCCCGGCAGCUACCAGUGUACCUGUCCCGCCGGCUGCAAGCUGCACUGGAACAAAAAAGACUGCGUAGCUGGUGCGUGUCCCUCAGAGCUGGUGAAAUGCCUGCCAGGUUCGGUGCCGCCGCGGGCCACCCUCACCUGCAACAAGACGGGGAAGAAGGACAGCUGCGCCCUCACCUGCGCCUCCAAGGCUCGCUUCCAGCCAGAGUCCGACAGCAGCUACACGGUGAGCUGUGGGACGCCCGUGCUGCGGCAGGGCAGCCAGCAGAGACCGACCAACAGCAGCCAGCAGUGCCUCGAGACUGUCGUUGCGCCAAUCAAGCAAAAGGCUUCCUUCAAGAUCAAGGACGCCAAGUGCCACCUGCACCCGCGGGCCAAGGGCAAGCAGGAUGAGGCCGGGAAAGCCGGGGCGCAAGGCGGUGCGGCGCCCUGCUCCGACUGCCAGGUUGCCUUCGUCAACCUCAAGUGCGACUCAUCCAAGAAAGGGAAGGGCCGGCGGGCACGCAACUCCUCCGGCAAGGAGGUGACGCGCAUCACGCUGGAGUUCGAGGCCGAGAUCAAGCCGGAGGAGACCACAGCCAGCUGCAACCUGCACUGCCUGCGGCAGAAAGUGGAGAAAAAGCUCAAGUCGGCCAUCAAAGCCCUGAAGAAAUCCAUCAACCAGGAGCGGUUCCUGCUCCGCUUCGCCGGGAUGGAGUACGAGGUGGCGAGGAAGCUGAGCGUGGCCCCCGAGCGGCAGGAGAGCUGCGGGCCGGGCCAGCAGCGCCUGGGCACCAAGUGUGUUAGCUGCUCGCAGGGAACCUAUUACCACGGCCAGACGGAGCAGUGCGUCCCCUGCCCCUCGGGCACCUACCAGGAGAAGGAAGGGCAGCUCUCCUGCGACCUGUGUCCCCGCAGCGACGCCUUCGGCCCCGUGGGAGCCACCAACAUCACCGGCUGCACGGGUCAGUGCCCCCCCGGCCAGCACUCCACCGACGGCUUCAAGCCCUGCCAGCCGUGCCCCCGCGGCUCCUACCAGCCCGAGGUGGGGCGGGCGCUCUGCUUCCCCUGCGGCGGGGGGCUGACCACCAAGCACGAGGGAGCCCUCUCCUUCCAGGACUGUGACACCAAAGUCCAGUGCUCGCCCGGGCACUACUACAACACCAGCGUCCACCGCUGCAUUCGCUGCGCCGUGGGCACCUACCAGCCCGAUUUUCGGCAGAAUUACUGCAUCGCCUGCCCCGGCAACACCACCACCGACUUCGACGGCUCCACCUCCGUGUCCCAGUGCAAAAACCGGCAGUGCGGGGGCGAGCUGGGCGAGUACACGGGCUACAUCGAGUCCCCCAACUACCCGGGGAAUUACCCCGCCAACGUGGAGUGCACGUGGAACAUCAACCCGCCCCCCAAGCGCAAGAUCCUCAUCGUGGUGCCGGAGAUCUUCCUGCCCUCCGAGGACGAGUGCGGGGACGUCUUGGUCAUGCGGAAAAACUGUAGCCUCGCCGUCCUCCAUCACCACCUACGAGACGUGCCAGACGUACGAGAGGCCCAUUGCCUUCACGGCCCGCUCUCGCAAGCUGUGGAUCAACUUCAAAACCAGCGAGGCCAACAGCGCCCGGGGCUUCCAGAUCCCCUACGUCACCUACGACGAGGACUACGAGCAGCUGGUGGAGGACAUCGUGCGGGACGGCAGGCUGUACGCCUCCGAAAACCACCAGGAGAUCCUCAAGGACAAGAAGCUGAUCAAGGCGUUCUUCGACGUGCUGGCGCACCCCCAGAACUACUUCAAGUACACAGAGAAGCACAAGGAGAUGCUGCCCCGCUCCUUCAUCAAGCUGCUCCGCUCCAAAGUCUCCAGCUUCCUCCGGCCUUACAAAUAGCGCCCUGCCGCCCCGGGCCACGCGGCUGCCGAGGAAACCCUCCUCUCCCUCACUUCUUAUUUCACUUCUCCUCCUCCCUCCUGCUCGGCUCCGGCAGGACCGCCACCUCCCGCUCCGCAGAUGUCUCGGCACGCUCUGUCUCUGCCGCCGGCGAUGCCGGCCCUCUCUUCCGAAGCAGCUUCCUCAAAACCCUUUUUAAUUCCCUUUUCGCCUCCGCGCCGGCUCCCUCCCGCUCCCCGAUGCCACCGGCACCCCGGGGCUCACCCAGGGCAGCACAGGAGGUAACGCGGCGCCUGGGGCUUGGCCAUCAGCACAGCUUUGCAGAGGAGAUCGGGGGGGGGGGGGGGAAAAAAACCAAAACCAACGUGAUGCCUACUUUAUUAAAAAAUAAUAAUAAGGAGAAGGUAAAGGACGGCGUGGCGGCGGGCGCACAGGGGCACUGGUGCUCGGCGCGGGAGGAAAGCCAAGCCACGUUCCCGGAGAACAAUGUCUGGCUGCACGGGAGAGAAACUGCAGCGACCGAGGAGGGCUUCAGCCGGCCGCGUUUCCCCCCCCCCAUCCCCCCCCCCCGGAGACACUUGUGCCAAGGAACCAGACUUUCUUACAAGCUCUGCCAAAGAGGAACUCGUCGACGGAAAAGCAAGCUUUGUGAAGAGCAGGAGUAAAUGUUUGUGCACUAGGAUAUCCUCCUUUCUACCUUUUUUUUUUUUUUUUCAUAUGUAUUAAGUGCAAUCGUUUGAGUCUUCUUUAUAUUAUUUAGA